CCCCUCCCCACUCAUCGCUCGCUGGUAUGACGGACCGGACUUGCGGCUGAACACCUCCCGGCCUUGCAUCGCGUGCUCUCUCUCUCUCUCUCUCUCUCUCUCUCUCUCCCCUCGUCACCUCUAACCAGAGCGAGGGGGGAGAGGCAACCAGAGUUGGAGCACGGGAGGAGGGGAGCAGAGAGAGAGAGAGAGAGAGAGAGACGGCCGUUUCCCCCUCCUCUGUCUCGUUCCAUCACUCCCGGGGCAAGGGACCAUGUCAACCUCAUCCCUGCGCCGCCAGGUCAAGAACAUUGUCCACAACUACUCGGAGGCGGAGAUCAAAGUUCGCGAGGCUACCUCCAAUGACCCCUGGGGGCCCUCCAGCUCACUGAUGUGCGAGAUCGCCGACCUCACCUACAAUGUGGUGGCCUUCUCCGAGAUCAUGGGCAUGCUCUGGCGCCGGCUCAACGACCACGGCAAGAACUGGCGCCACGUCUACAAGGCCCUCACCCUGGCCGAGUACCUGGUCAAGACGGGCUCCGAGCGGGUUGCCCAGCAGUGCCGCGAGAACAUCUACGCUGUGCAGACGCUCCGCGACUUCCAGUACGUGGACCGCGACGGCAAGGACCAGGGGCUGAACGUCCGCGAGAAGGCCAAGCAGCUGGUGGCGCUCCUCAAGGACGACGAGAAGCUCAAGGAGGAGCGGGCGCACGCUCUCAAGACCAAGGAAAAGCUGGCACAGGUCUCCACAGUUGCCUCAGCCCCGGCCUCGGCACCUGUCUCCUCCUCGCUGCACAGCCCCCCGGAGAUUGAGCAGGCCUGGCCCCAGAGCACUGGGGAAGAAGAGUUGCAGCUGCAGUUGGCCCUGGCGAUGAGCAAGGAGGAAGCCCAACAGCGAUCGCCUCCGGCGCCCGGUGAGGACUUACAGAUGCAGCUCGCUCUCAGCUUAAGCAAAGAGGAACACGAUAAGGAGGAGCGGCUCCGGAGAGGGGAUGACUUGCGGCUCCAGAUGGCCAUCGAGGAGAGUCAGAAACAGAACGUGCUGCUGCCUAAUUCCGGUGAGCCUUCCCUGAUGGACCUGGCCGACGUCUUCGCCGCCUCGGCUCCCGUGGCCUCCAACGACCCCUGGGGCGCGGUGCCCACCGAACCCGCCGCCGGCGCCGGCGCCGCCCCCCCCGGCCCCCAUCCGCCGGCCCUCCCCCCAGCCAGCGCCGCUGACCCCUGGGGAGCGACGCCGACGACGGUGACGACAGUGACAACGCCCGACCCGUGGGGCACAGCCCCUCCCCAGCCGGUCUUGGCGGCCCAGCCCGACAGCGAGGCCUGGGCGCCGCAAUAUGGUGGCAGCGUGGUGACCGGCAUCUCGGAUUCCUGGGAUAUACUGGGUACACAACCAACCAUGAAGGUGCCUCUCGAGCCUUGGGCACCUCUGCCCCCUCCCGGCCCCCAGGCUGUGACCUCGGUGGAUCCCUGGGCACCACUGCCUCGACCUGAGUGUCUCGACACCUCACCCCCCACAGCCAAGCCGACCUUCGACCCCUUCGCGCCGCCUUCGGCCAACGAUGACUUCUCGGACUUCGACGCCCUGAGGGCCCCCGUGGCGGAGAGCGGAGCAGACGAGCCAGACCUGUUGGCGGGCGAGGUCCCCAUCCUGCGCAACGAGGGCGGCCAGAGCUCGGACCUGUUUGACCUGUCGCCGAUCGGGGGGUCUCUGCCCGAGACCCCCGGCUCCAAGCCCACUCCUCCCGCCCGCAAAACGCCCGAAUCCUUCCUGGGUCCCAACGCGGCCUUGGUCGACCUCGACGCUCUCGUCUCCAAGAGCGUGAAGACCUCCAACCCCUUCCUCUCGACAGCAGGACCAGCCGCCGCUUCCGUGACGAACCCCUUCGGGGGACCUCCCCCCACCCAGAGCAUGUCCCUCAACCAGCUCCGGGCCAGUCCGGUCAUGUCCGCCACCAUGGGUCGCCCUUCCCCCUCGCCCCUGGGGCCGGGCGGAGGCAGCACCCCCCUCCUCCCGCUCCCCGCCGGGGCCCUGCCGGGGCCCGGGGCGAUGCCCCCCAUGGUCGCAUUGCCGACCCCUCAGAACGGCUUCGUCCCGCAGCCCGCCGGGAGCACUAACCCCUUCCUCCUAUAACCCACUGGGGUCGGCCGCUGCUUAGUGUUGGCGGGAGGUGGGGU